AGCUUCCUCCCAGCGUCUUUCUUCGCUCGCUCGUUCGUUCACGCGCAAUCUCCCCCAUACCCGCCUUCCCCUCUCUCCCUUCCAAUACACCAUACCCUUUCUUUACCGCCAGCAACCAAUUCUUUAUCGCGACAGGCCGUCAUGCCUCUAGUGAACGAAUCAUACGAUUCCCUUCCCUAUGUCGACACGCCUCCAACCCAGCAGAGCCUGACCGCCGCGCAAACCCUGAUCAACCAAGACAUCCAACAAGCUGGCGUCGACACACAACAUAUCCAUCCCGCACUCAUCCCAGCCACUUCCUACACACCCACCUUCUCUCAAGCCGUCGAAACAGAACAUGCACGCCUUCAAGCAGACCCCGCCUCCAAGCUCUCCGCCAUUGACCUGACGCGCUACGAGGACUUCGAAGCUCCACCGACAACUUCGCCGACGAGCGACGAGGACCGCCCCGAGCUGCUGGCGCAAUGGUCUGCUGCUCUGAAGAAGGCCUACACGAGCUCUGAAUACGUGCACGCGCGGUCCGCGGAAUUGAGCCUACUGGAGAAAUUCGGAAAGAACUCGUGGCUGGUCGGUAACUCACAGCUCGAGGAUGUGCUCAAGGCGAUCGAAACUGAGCUGGCUGAUGUGAGGAGACAGCAUGAAGAGGUCGAGGCGCUGCGCCGACAACAGCAGGAGAGCGUGCAUGGCGAGAUCAAGACGCUGGAGGAUACCUGGAAGAAGGGCGUGGGACGAGUGCUCGAGACCGAGGUUGCUGCCGAGGGCUUGAAGCAGCAGAUUCUCGAGGCUCGGCGAGCGGGUGCUGUGUGA